AUGUCCAAACGAAAGGACAAUGACUUCAUGGACGUCGACUACGAUUCAGACAUCUCCAUGGGCGACGAUGAUGACUUCAAGGUAAGCAAGGGGAAGGGGAAGGGGAAAACUGUCGACAAGAAGAAGAAAGAAAAGGGCAAGGGAAAGCCCAAAGACGUGCAAGCAUACACCUGGGAGGCGAAUUUUGCGCGCUCAUGGGACACUGUCCAAGAGGACGAGGGAGGCAGUCUUCAGGGGGCGGUGAACGAAUUCAUGGCCCGGGGGAGGAGACGGAGACUUCUGACCCCUGGUUCAGCUAUUCGGCGUACCAUUAUCCGACAUCUGGUCUUGUUGCUCGAUCUAUCCUUAGCUAUGCUCGAUCGAGACAUGCGGCCAACGAGAUUUGACUUGACACUACAGUACGCACGCGAAUUUAUAGUCGAAUGGUUCGAUCAGAAUCCGCUGGGUCAGAUGGGAGUGGUCGGAAUGAGGGCCGGUCUUGGAGAGCGUAUAGGCGAAAUGACAGGCAACCCACAGGAUGUAUUGAAAGCAAUCUCAGAAAGGCACAAAUUAGAACCGACCGGAGACCCCAGUUUACAGAAUGCCAUUGAAAUGGCUCGCAAUAGCAUGAGCCAUCUUCCUACACAUUCUUCGCGAGAAAUCCUCAUCAUCUUCGGUUCCCUCACUACCUGCGACCCAGGGAACAUCCACGACACUCUAGACGCUUGCGUCAAAAGCAAAAUCCGUAUAUCCGUAGUGGCACUUGCAGCAGAGAUGAAGAUCUGCAGAGAACUCUGCGAUAAAACUGGUGGUCAGUUCGGCGUCGCGUUGAAUGAAGGGCACUUCAAAGACCUUCUUUUCGAAAUGGUUCCUCCACCCGCGCAGCGCAAUAUGACUUCGCGCGGUGGUAAUCCUGCCGCCGACCUCAUGAUGAUGGGAUUCCCGACGCGGUUGCCGGAUACGUCGCCGCAAAGCCUCUGCGUGUGCCAUUCAGAGCUCAAGAGCGAGGGUUUUCUGUGCCCUCGCUGCCUCGCGAAGAUAUGUGACAUCCCGACGGACUGUGAUAUUUGCGGUCUGAUGGUGGUGAGCUCGCCGCAUCUUGCAAGAAGCUACCAUCACUUGUUCCCGGUUAGCCCGUACGAUGCAGUGCAAACGCUCCAGGAUGCAUCAUUUAUUCCCGACUGCCAUGCUUGUGGCCGACUCUUUCCCACUACGCCUCUGACAACAGUGACAGAGGGACUCAGCCCUACAGGUAGGUAUCGCUGUACGACCUGCAAGCAUGAUUUCUGCUCGGAAUGCGACGUCUUCGUGCACGACGUCCUACACUGUUGUCCUGGAUGUGGUAAAUAG